AACUAUAGAAUUUUUCAAUCAAAUAUCUAAAUAGAUUAUAUUAAGGUCAAAAGUUGAUCUGUUCUCGUAGAUUUAUCUCUAGGAAACAAAUUAGCAGGUGAAAACACUUAAAUACUGUGGAUUUUAUGUCAUGUUAAUGGAAUUUGAUUUGAUCUUGUCUUUUCGAACAGACGUGAGGAUUAUACAGUGAGCAAAAGAAUAUAUUUAAACGUUGACGUUAUGAAGUUACGUGAAUUUGCCCUGUUUGGCGCUUAUUGUGCAAUUGUGAUUAACCUUAAUGUGGUUCCAGUAUCUGCAGCAGAUACGAGCGGAUUUCAAUGUGAGAAGUUCCUUGAUGACGAAAAUCUAAAGAAUCUUAUCAAUACGAAACAGCAGUUGGCAUCACCUUGUCCGUGUUAUGAACACCAAAUGGAGUUUGAGUACUCCUUUAAACAAAACAAUCACUGCUACACAGAAUGGUUCUUCACAGAUGGAGUGAAACAAAAGUGCUGCUACAGUCAGUAUGGCAAGCUCAUCACAACGGCUCCAGAUGCAGGGUUCGUGCAUUUUUCUGAUGCAGAAGUGCAAAUGGAAGACCUGCGUCAACUGUGUUGUAGUAGAAGCGAGCAGCUCUGUGAAUCAUUCUACCGCUUGAAUGUACCUGAUACGUGUGAAAAGUGGUCAUUUUCAACAACAGUACAAUCUGGUGGUGAUACAGAAAUAGAGAGUAUAGACAAUUUCCGGUACUCAUUCAACGGACAUGGGGAGUAUAUCUUUCUGCGUGCUAACGGUUCUGAUGGAGAUUUGGAAGUGCAAAUACGAACGGAUUACGUUGUUCCCGGCAAUAAAGACGCAACGGAAAUUGUCGCCUUUGCGAUCCAAGUAAAGAACACCAAAAAUUCUGAGACUGUUCAUAUCAUUAAGAAUACGACAAGUGGAAAGGUUUUGUACCUCAAUGCCAGUAGUCCCUUUUCUGGCGUGCCAAAACAAACAGAUUGUUUCUCAGUGUUCCCAUCGGGUUUAAAUGCGUUUCGACUGACACCGAUAGUAAAAAUCCCAUGGCUGCAACACUUUGAGUUUCCUGCUCUCCCGUAUUUAACCGUCAACAUCAAGAACAAGAGAGGCAACCAUAAUAUUACAGGUGUACACGGACUAGCGGAAAAUGCUAUAGAAGAAAAGUAUUUUUUUCGAAAUGGAAGUCACUGUACCAAAAAUUGUUCGGAAUACGAAAUGUUCCGUUUUGGUGAAUCUUGGUCAUUGGAGAAAUAUGAGAACGAGUCAGUCUUUGACUACGACUUGACAAAGGGUAAUUUUUCAAUGUACAAUCAUCAACACACUAGCCCGAGAUUUUUGGAAAAUUUACUUGGCAAUUUAACGGCUCUCUUCGAAAACUAUACAGAAGGCAAUAUAACGGAGUUUAACAGAACGUGCCGCAAUAGCUGGGACAAUACGACUGACAACGAGUGUCUGCUUGCUAUUGCUAGAACACAUGAUAUAAGCGUAGGGAGUAACGUGCAUGAGACAAACGAACAAGACCACGAUGAGUAUUUACGCAGACAUGAUAAGCCACCUAAGUUUUUGGAAACAAUGCCGACUUCAGUAAAUCUCAUUUAUGGGCUAAACGAAUCGUUUUCGAUUAAUCUCAUAGAUUGCAUCAAUGAUGAAAACAAGGAAAGACUAAAUUUUACAGUUGAGCCGGAUUUUGAGGAAUAUUCUAUAGAUAAUGGCGUCUUCAAUUGGAUAAUCGGGACAGGGCUUCGCAAUUCAAACACUACUGGUGUUAUCAAUUUUAUGGUGACUGACCGGUUUAAGCAUACGGUUAAUCAUGCAUUGAAGUUCACGUAUUGUGGCUGCGAAAACAAUACUGAAUGCGAUUAUAGUCACAUGAGAGACAUAAAUGAAUGUACAAGUGACGCUACUAACCGAUGCGAAGAAAAGACCACGUGUAACGAUACCGUAGGCUCCUAUACAUGUUCCUGCAGUGGUGGAUUUAACAUCGAUGCUGACGGAAGACAUUGUAACGACGUAAAUGAGUGCGAGUCUGUAUAUCCGCGGCUUUGUGCCGACGAUCAGCAGACGUGUUUAAAUACAAGGGGAAGCUAUCAGUGCGUGUGUCUUUCUGGAUAUUCCAAGUCUUCGGAUGGCAAAUCAUGCGAAAAGAUACAUGGGACGAUGUACUUUAGCGCGUUGUUUAUUGACAUAGACACCACUGACGGCGAGCCUCCAACAAAUGAUUCAUUGAAUACACUGAACAACAUGUUAUCAACAGAAAAGCAGCUCACAAACCUCUUGAAUGGCACUGUAUCCGGAUUCAUAAGCGUAACCGUGCAAAGUAUAAUAAUAAUCAGCAGAAUUUCUCGUAAACGCCAAACAGUGAGGGACAGUUUACGUAUCGACUACAAUAUACAUCUGAACACUUCCAUGACAUUUAAUGAACAGUAUAUUACCAAUACAAUCAGAAAGGGGCUGCCGGAUAAUAAUGCCAUCGUACAUAUUGCUGGAGUACCUGUAUUUGCAGAAACGUUAGCUGCAGUACCUCACAAAGAGAAUGAACUGGGCCUUUGUGAUAUUGGACCACCGAAAACUAACUGUGAUCUCCGAAGUACACACUGUGUAAACCGUAAUGCGUCUGAAAAUUACUUUGCAUGCAAAUGUAAAUACGGAUAUACCGAAUCGAAGCCACCAUCUCCCAUCUACUGUGACGAUGUGGACGAGUGUAGUUUUUUUAAACAAAACGAAACGAUGGAUGAACGAUGUGUACAUGGCAUUUGUAUAAAUCAAAAUGGCGAUUGGAAUUGUUCAUGCCCUGCAGAUAGAUCUUGGAUGUCCGUUGGUCAAGAUGUGGCUACAUUCCGGUGUCAAGGCAACUACACAUAUAUAGGGACUGUAAGCUUUUCCAGGAUUGUAAAUCAUAGUACAACCUCGACAAUUGAAUCGUUUUUGCUGACGGAGCUCAGAAAACCUUUGCAAAGCAAUGGAUCGGUUGCUGUAGCGGACAACACAUCUAUUGUUAUUAAAGACGUGUUUGUAAACCUCACCAUUUCGCAGAUUUUGGAGAACAAAAUUCCCCUGACCGCUUUAAAUAAGUACUCUUAUGAGUUUCAAAUAAGACUUGGCGAACCAAUCUUAACAGAUGAUUUGGAUCGCAUUAUGAAAACGUAUUUUAAUAAAAAUAGAACUGUUGAUGUACACGGUACUACCUUCUACGACUUUGGUAUAUUCAAUGACUCAAGCAAUAUACUUUGCACCCGGAAUAACAACAGCGAAUGUGACAUGGCGUCAACGGUGUGUAGGCAGUCAAAUGGUCAAACAUACUGCGAUUGUAAAGAUGGGUAUAAGAGAUAUCGCCAGGAAGACGUCUUUACUUGUCAAGAUAUAAAUGAGUGUAAUGAAGAGAAGGUGUCGUGCAAAGGUGGUGGCACAUGCCUUAAUCUCCCUGGUAACUGGACUUGCGCUUGCCCACAACUUACUGAACCUGUAAUAUACAACACAUCAUAUAUAGAAUGUUCCGAAUCUGCUUUUAAUGUUUGUACAGUUUUCAAGGAAUUUAAGUGUUUCAAUGGAGAUCGAGCCUGUGAAAACAACACUUGGGCAUGUAAUUGCAACGACGGUUUUGAAUUGCAUGGAAAGGGAGUCUAUUCAAAAUGUACAGAAAUCGAUGAAUGUUCAGUGAAAGAAAGGUGCGGAACAAGUUUGUCCGGAAUCUGCACAAACACGAUUGGAAAUUACACUUGUAAUUGCAAUCUUGGGUAUUUCCUCAAUGCCUCUUAUGUAUGUGAAGAUAUUAAUGAAUGUAAAUCAAACCCGUGUGGCAACGGUAACUGUAGUAACACAGACGGACUCUUCGAGUGCAGCUGUAACCAAGGAUAUGAAUAUGAUAACCUGACAUGUGUUGAUAUAAACGAAUGCAUCAAAAGCACGUAUUCUUGCAAUGGAACAUGCCACAAUGGAGCUGGUAACUGGAGCUGCGAGUGCGGCAACGGCUACAACAAGAGUCAUGAUGAUGGAGGCAACCAUAUAUCCUGCAUUGAUAUCGACGAAUGUAGCAUCAACAACAACUAUUCAUGCAACGGUAGCUGUGUAAACACUCCUGGAAAUUGGACCUGCGAUUGUCCGACAGGAUAUACUGCAGUCAAUCUUAACGAAUUGAACGUUUUGUGUUCCGAUAUUGAUGAGUGUGUUUCAUCGCCGUGCGGUAAUGGAACCUGCAAUAAUAUAAACGGUAGCUUCACAUGUACAUGUGGAAGCGGAUUCAUGCAAAAAAACAAAAGAUCAUCAUGCAUUGAUAUUGACGAAUGUGGGCGGAACGAACCUUUAUCGUGUGUAAACCACACUGAGUGUAUAAACUACAAUGGUGGUUGGAAUUGCUCUUGCCAGGAAGGAUUCGAACCUGUUUCAAUCAAUAAUUACACAAUAGAAUGUCAAGCUCAGUCGAACUACAACAAGUGCAGUUCUGUUGACGAUUUCGAAUGCAAUCAAGGUGAAGUUGUUUGCAAAGAUAAUGUGUUGGAGUGCCGAUGCAGUAUCGGAUACAUCUUGUCAGGGUCCAGUUGCAUUGAUAUGGAUGAAUGCAAGCUUCAGCCAUGUGUACAUGGAAGAUGCAAAAAUACCGUGGGGAGCUAUUUUUGUAUCUGCAACACGGGGUUUGAACUUAACAGUGCAGGACAGAACGAAACAUGCAUUGACGUUGACGAAUGUCAGAUGGACCAUUUUCCAUGCGGGGACAAUCAAUCGGCGCAGUGUACAAAUGGUGAAGGAAACUAUUCUUGCAUCUGUAACGAGGGCUUUAAAUUCCGUAGCAACAGUAAUAAUAUAUGUGAUGACAUCAAUGAGUGCAGUGACAAUACCCACAUAUGUAACGGAGGAACGUGUCAUAACCAUAUGGGCAACUGGAGCUGCGAAUGUCCAAAGGGAUUUAAUAAAAACACCAGUGCUGAUGGAUUGAACCAAUCAUGUUCUGAUAUCAACGAGUGUGCAACAGAGCCAUACCCGUGUAUAGAUUCUAUUGACUGUAUUAAUACCCCGGGUUCAUGGCGAUGUAUGUGUGAUGGAAAACGUGUGAGCAAGAAGUUUAAUGAUACGACGAUUGAGUGUCUAAAGGAUUUCCAGUACCUAGCUAGUGUAAAUGUCAACUUUAAUCCGGAGAAAACUCCCAAGCAAACGGAGAUUGAAACAUACCUGCCUUUUGCUAUUUCAAAAGUCUUUAAUAGUUCUGAGUUGACAUCGCCCAUACUUGUGCCUAUAGAGAUUACAAAUUCGUCCAGGGAAGAACUAAUGAAACGGUUGUCGGCGGAUACAUUUGACAUGUCGAUCAAAUUCAUUUUGCAUUUAACACAUCCAGCAAACACAACCACCAUUCAAAAGGCCUGGUCGUCCGUAUUUAGCAAACACCCUGAUCUCCGCACUAUCACCACAAACGUAUCAACAACAACUAUACGUCUGAGCGUAGAACUUGACGCCGGCCAUGAGGAAUAUGCGUUCGUAUUUACCGUUAGCUUCAACCUUAAUGGUAAUGAUACCAAUGGGUCGAUAUCGGACAGAUAUAUCAUAACAGAGAUAGAAAAGGUUUACAAUGACACGUAUCCAGGUGUCUCUGUCUGGAUUGAAAUUAUACCAGAGAGCAGUUCAAAUUCUGCGAGGCGUAAGAGAGGAGUAUCCGUGCCUACUAAGAAUGUUAAUUUCAUCGCACAUUUUACUGACACAUCGAAUGAGACAGUUACUGAGGAAGAUAUAAAAAAGAGAUUGGAAGACAUUGUUAAUGAGACACAAUCAAGUAGACCAUUGCUGUCUGGAAUGAAAGUCAUUAUAAACAAUUCAGAUGCAAUUGAUUUGUGUAACAUCAGCAAACAGUGUGAAAAAUCUACAACCACGUGUACCUCCAAUGCAAAUAAAAUCGCCUGUUUUUGCAAGGAAGGAUUUAUAAACAACACGAAGAUAAACGGCUCAUACCAGUGUUUUUCGGCAGCUGACCAAACCCGAUCUACUUCACACAAGCCAACCGGAAUACCUGAUUCCACAACUUCAGAGCAACCAAACGUGGCUACAAAGAAGAUCUAUCCGUCGGAAAGUUCGGACAAGAAAAGUCAGACCGCAUUUAUUGCAACAGUCGCGGGACUUGGUGGACUUGUUCUUAUACUCAGCGUGGUCGUUGUUGUAGUGUGCAGGCAACGAACAAAAAAGUCUAAGGAGGCUGAACAAAUACAGUUAAAAGAGAGUGAAAAGAACAGGCGAACAGGAUUUGAAGGCUCGUUCCUCGACAAGAAUUACAUAGGCAGACAUUCGGAUUCUAAGAAUAGGAAUGACCGACCUUACCCUGGCGGCCCAUUUAAGCCUAUUUCAAAUGGCCGACCUAGUUCUUUUCAGCCAAUAGAUACUGCAACUGCAUUCCAUAAUGGUGGAUAUGAAAGCAGCGACCGACGAAUGUCUGAACCAUUGUAUUCAAAGACAAACAAACCGUCGGUUGACGUGUACCCGCCAUCAGAUUAUUCAAAUAGAAAACCUUUCACACAAGACAUGGUUCGGGUGUUUCCGGAAACGAACGGAGUCCGUUCACCAAGGUUACGAUCUACUUCAACAGGUGUCGACACUGGACGAGUGUUGCCAGUCCGCGAACCCAAACCAGAUUACGAUGCGCCAGCUUCACCGCAACCGGAUUAUCAUCGUCGCAGUAGAUCACGUGAUAGGCUGAAUAUGUCACGUGACAGCGGAUUGAACGGUUUCAACAGCAGCGGAAGUAUGGAGCAUACGCGGUCACGUGACAGUCAUGGAUACGGAAGCCUGGAGGGAGGUCGCGCAGCCAGGCGGAACACGCAGUUUUAAGGUCACCGUGUUAUGUACAUUAGCAAAAAGGCAUAAUAUAAGUGUAUGUAGCAGCUUGAAACAGUGUGACCUGUUUGAACAUGAAAGAGAUACAUGAAUACCAGUAGGCGAGUUGCUCUCGGACAGAACUAUUUCUCGGACAGGCACGAUGUUCGCCUUAUUUUGGAAUAUAUUUGUAUCCAUUUCAUCGUCAUGCAAUCACGAAGAUAUUAAUUGCAUUUAAGGCAUUAUAUUGUAUCCUAAUCAAGAAAACUAUAUAUAUAUUUUGAUUUUAUAUUUUCAAUACGGUGAGUGCGACUAACGAAGUGUACGCAAACUUGUAUUUGUAGCUACACGUACAGAUUAUAGUUGCAAUUAAGUUAAACAACACGAGCUAUAAUAAAGCUUGUGAUUUUCAAUAAGCUGUUGACGCAUUAGUUAUCUUUCUUGUGUUAGCGAAGAUGAAUUUUAAAACUAAUAAAUGUAUACAUAUUUGGAUGCCGUAUUGCCGACAGUCCAAACGUACACGUUACCAUACUAGUAUCGUCUCACAAUAGUAUAUCAUAUAUUUUGUUGUGUGUUGAACACAUCGUUUUACCUGUCUGCCCUAUUUAUUUUUAUCACUACAUUUAAGCCUUCAUGUCAUAUGUUCGUCAAAAGUUGUUUUACAAUGCCGUUUCUUUUCAAAUGAAACGGUCGCUUUCUUACUCAUUACUAUUUAUAGCUUUAGAGACCGUUUCUAACAAAUAUAAAACAUAUGUGACGGCUUAAUGUUUAAUUAAUUAUGUCUCUUAAACUGUCUCGUACAGACAUAGAUAGUGUGUGACUCAUAUAUUUUAAUAUCAAUUAUCCAUGUAAGCUUUCUCAUCAUCCUCAUACAAACAUAGAUAGUGUGCGACUCAAUUAUUUUAAUAUCAAUUAUCCAUGUAAGCUUACUCAUCUGCCUCGUACAAACAUUGAUAGUGUGCGACUCAUAUUUUUUCAUAUCAAUUAUCCAUGUAAGCUUACUCAUCUGCCUCAUACAAACAUUGAUAGUGUGCGACUCAUAUAUUUUAAUAUCAAUUAUCCAUGUAAGCUUACUCAUCUGCCUCGUACAAACAUUGAUAGUGUGCGACUCAUAUAUUUUAAUAUCAUUUGUCCAUUAUAGCCUUUAUACCUGUCCCAUACAAACAUAGAUAGUGUUAUAUUCAUAUCUUUAAAUAUCGAGUGACUAAUUAAGCAUACUCACCGGUCUCGUACAAACAUAGAUAGUGUGCGACUCAUACAUUUUAUUAUCAAUUGUCUAUUAAGCAUAAUUAUCCGUCUCAUACAAAUAGAGGUAGCUUGGGCAUUGUUCUCAUAGAAGUGUAAAACGAUUUUGAUUGGCUCCAUUUUCUGAAAUCAUGGGAAAUACAAUUGUAAAGCACUUAUGUUCAUCUAACUACUCAAGUAUUCGUUUUACAAUAACAAGCAGCUUUUCAUUUCUAUAUAAGCAUUGUUUAACCUUGAUGUUUAGAAGAAAAUAACAUAUUCAACCAGCAGCAUCUACAUCGUAUUAUUUACUUGGCAUUGUUAUUUCAGCUGGUAUAGUUUUUGCUUGUUUAGUAUCAAGACCAUAUUAUUUUCACAUUGUGUAUACCGACGAUUAAAACAUAAUCUCGCAAUAUAACCACACUAGAGCAGAUAUCACAUGCUAAAUAUCAAGUUGUUUGACUGAUUGAAUUCUGUUUUACCUAAGGAGACAGAAUUACUUAUACCAUAAAAAAAAUCAUUAUUGAAGUAAUGUGCAGGCCCGGGUCUAUGGCCCAUACCCUGCUGUUUGUUUGAAUGCAUGUUACGCUUAGGUGUGUUUUCCUAUAUAUGUAUGGAUAUAUAACAACAAAAACAACAACAAUGAAGACAAGAAGAACGUUAUCAAGAAAGACUGGCCAAUAUUUUUACCUGAAGCAAAAAACUGCUACCAUUUUCAUUUCAAAGGCAUUUUGUUUCGUUUAAAUACUAUUUUUGAAAUAAUUUACAGACCUGGGUCUAAAAUGCAUACGUAGACCUACACUUGUGCCUGUGCAAUUUUAAGAUCCCCGGAAAUAUUGACUUUUUCAUUUAACUAUGGUUGAACGUGACCUAUUAUAAAGCAUUGCUUUGAAAUAAAUGUUUAUGAAAUAAUCAUUAGGAGGAUACUUUUAGUGUAAGGCUAAUGUGUCCUUUCCUCCUUGUAUAUAUUGAACUCAUUGUGUAAACGAUUGUGGUGAUUAGGGAAUACAAUAGUGAUAUCUCAUAUAGUUCUACAAGUAUUAUUAAAAUAAUUAUAGAGCAAUAACUUGUAUCAUUGUGUGUUUGGUUUAAUUUCAUGAU